AACACUGCUCUGGUCACACUGCGCCAGCCGUGACAAACAAAAUAGAAAAACAAAAGGAAAAAUUCUAGCCUCCUUCCCCGGAUAAUAAAGGGGAAUUUGAGGCAGUGCAACUCGAGCUAGAUCCAUUGGGACAGGCGUAACACAUAGAAUGUUCCACUUUAGCGGCUUCAACAUGAUGUUCCCGGAGGGGCGCAACUUCCAUGCCACCUACAAGUGCUUCUCCGUAUCCAUGUUGCCAGGAAACGAGCGAUCCGACGUGGAAAAGGGCGGAAAAAUUAUCAUGCCGCCCUCGGCGCUGGACACGCUCACCCGCCUGAAUGUCGAGUAUCCGAUGCUGUUCAAGCUCACCAACGGCAAGAAAUCGCGAUCCUCACACGCCGGCGUACUGGAGUUUGUGGCCGACGAGGGCAAAUGCUAUCUGCCCUACUGGAUGAUGGACAACCUGCUGUUGGUGGAGGGCGACAUACUCAACAUCGAGAGUGUCUCGCUGCCAGUGGCAACCUUCUCAAAGUUUCAACCGCACAGCACCGACUUCCUGGACAUCACCAAUCCCAAGGCGGUGCUGGAGAACGCCCUGCGCAACUUUGCCUGCCUCACGAAGGGCGAUGUCAUCGCCAUUAAGUACAACAAAAAGGUAUACGAACUGUGUGUGCUCGAGACAAAGCCAGGCAAUGCAGUGAGCAUCAUUGAGUGCGACAUGAAUGUGGAGUUUGAGGCCCCAGUCGGCUACAAGGAUCACUCCGAAACGCAGGCCUCGGGCUCGGGACAGCAGGGUGCUGCAGGAACUGCAGGUGGCGAAGUGGCCGGCGCCACCAACGCCAUACUCGAAGAGGUCGUAGAGACUUUCAAGGGUUCCGGCGUACGUCUGGAUGGCAAGAAGAAGAAGGAAAGCCAGUUGGAAACGCCGGUCGUGAAGAAGGUGCUAGCACGCGGUGUACCGGACUAUGAUUUCCAGUUUGGACUCAUCCGUUUCGAUCGCAACAUUCGGCCCAUCAGCGAUAGGGGCAAAGAGGAUGGUGCUGCAGCUGGCAAUGCGGACGGUUCCGAUGCGGAGAGCUUCCAUGGCACUGGAUUCUCCAUGAAGAAAACGCGCAAAUAGCUCUAGCUGUAGUUCUAGUACUAGUUAUAUAAUGUGUGACACAUAGAAAUUAAAGGAAGAUCCUCACAGGGGCAGCGUCAA